AACUUCCGCCCGUCUCUCCAUCACACAGAACGUCACUUCCGGUGGCUGCACAAGAUGGCGGCGGUCACAGUGCGGUGUCUGAGGCUGAGCCGCGCCCCGUGGGCAUUGGGCCCCGUGCGGCUGUACCGAGCGGCCCCUCUGCGACGCGGCAUGGGUCCUCCGCCCCUCACGGACCCAGAGGACCAACGCGCGGCGGCGAAGCGCUUCGGACGGCUCGGGGCGGCGUCGGGAGUGGCGGCGGAGCGGCUGUGGCCCAGCCCCGAGCGGCUGCGGGAGAUGGAGGCGGAGGAGCGCGAGUGGUGUCCGUCACUGCGGGAGAUGGAGGCUGCGCUGGAGCGGAAGGAGCAGGAAGAGCGGCGGCUGCGGGAGGAGAGGGAGCAGCUGGUGGCACGCAGCCUGGCAGCCAUGCCUGCACGCAUCGCAGCGUGGCGGCAGGAGCGGGAGCAGGCACGGGAGCGGAGCCGGCAGGAUGCAGCACGGCGGCAGCGGCUGUUGGCAGAGGCAGCUGAGCGCCUGGGGGCCCCAGCCCGGCCCGGCGAUCCCCGGGUUCAGGCACUGAUGCAGGACAUGGAACGGGAGCAGCGUCGCCAGGAGAAGCGGCAACGGAGGCAGAAGCACGAGGAAGCAGCCCGCAGUGCUUUGGCUGCUGCUGAGGCUGCUGCUGCCUCACAACCACCCCCUGGGGCCUCUGAGCCCCCCAAGUAAAGCCACCACCCCAAACCAAAGGUGGGAUAUGGUUUGCUCCUCUAACACCCUGCAAAGGGACUACUGAGGCUGCACACAUUCAGCAUGAACUGCUCAACAUGACCUCUCUACCCCUUGCCCCCCCCCACCUCCCGCAAACACACACUAAAACCAUCAUGGGUUUAAAAUUCUGCAUUUAAUCUCUUCCCAAGCUGGGUUUGUCCCAUGGUUCUGCCCUCCCACAUGGGGAGGAACAGGGAGAAAAAAGGGGGUCAGGGGACAGGGAUGGGGCCACCCAGAGCACACCCAGCCUCAAGGGCAGCAGGAAGGCUCUGGGGGUGCACACCCAUCACUGCCCCUCUCUCUCGGGGUGAGGAUGGGCCCUAUUGGGCCCCACCCCACCCCGACGUCCCAUGAGGGCAGAGAUCUAAGGGUGAGGAAGGGGAGUCCUGCGUCCCCCCACAGGGUGGGAGGAAUCCACCCUGGGCCCCUCAGUCAUCAUCAAAGUUCUGGCUGAGCAGGAAGUUGGCCGCCAGGUUCUCGUUCUUCUCACAGGCAAAGUAGGCCUGGAUGACCAAGCUCUCGGGGAAGCCCAGUGCCUUCAACUGUGGGCAGAGAGGAGAUUAGGGAAGAGAUCGUUCACUCUGGUUCUGCUGACACCCCAAACACAGGCACAUUUCCCUCCCUCCUGUCACCAGAGCAGUGAUGCUGCAGCAAAUCUUGGCAUUCAUUCUAGUUCUUAACAGUACAUAUUCUGAUUAUUCAUAGAAAUCACGAUAUUCUCAUCAACCAGUAAUUGUGAUUGGAUAACAGUUAAUCCAUACUAAAUGCAUGGUAAUUCUUUAAAAUCAUAGAACAGUUUGAGUUCUUAGUGACCUUAUAACCCCUUCCAUGGGUGUUAAUUCUAAAUAGUGCUGAGAUCGGGGCAUUAGGCUCCACAGCUAAAUUGCUUCACAAAAUACACGAGACUUUUGGAAUCUUGGAUUGGAGCCUGCAUUAAGAUGCAUUUCCUUUCAGUGACAUUCACUGAUGUGGCUAUUUUCACAAGUGAUUCAUGCUGCAAAUUCCAAACGUAAACUCAAACUUAAUGACAGCUGCAAUUUUUUCAGCAAUAUUAAUUCUGACCCUUAACGAUGACUAUAAAGAUACUAUUCUCACCUCUCCAUUAA